AUGGCUCUUGCAGCUCUUCGGCCCGUCCGUUUCUCACAGCGUGCCUUUCUUCUUGCUAGGUCUACCGUAGCAGCAAACACAGCCCAGCACCGCUCUAUAUCGCUUCAAUCCUAUGUAGUUACGCCAAAGGAGCUCAACGAUGCCCUGAAGCAAAAUGUGCCAACGAAGAUAUCGACCUCGCCCCGAGUCAUCCCGCUCUGUGCUUCCUGGUUCAUGCCCAAUGAUCCAGAGGGUCGCACCGGAAUUGAUACCUUCAGGAAGAAAAGAAUUCCCAAUGCACGCUUCUUCGACAUUGAUGGUGUGAAAGAUGUCAAUUCCCCAUACCCUCAUAUGCUUCCUUCAAAAGAGAUAUUCGCCGAAGCUAUGCAGUCGAUGGGUAUCCAUCGUGACGACGAAGUGGUGGUCUACGACAGUGAAGAACAAGGCCUCCUCAGUGCUCCCCGAGUUGGAUGGACUCUGAAAUUCUUUGGACACCCUAAUGUCCACGUCCUGAACAAUUUCAGGAUGUGGGUUCGAGAGGGAUACCCGGUCGAGGAAGGCGAAGUGGCCCCUAACGAUACCUCAGACUAUGUAGUUGAUAGUUACAAUCCGAACUGGGUCGUCCAUUUCGAGGAGAUGGAGGAGAUGGGAGAAGAUUACGGCAAGGAAGGCUCGGAUGCGGUUCAGAUCUUGGAUGCCCGGCCAGCCGGUCGAUGGGCGGGAACGGAUAAGGAACCUAGAGCCGGCCUGUCGUCCGGGCAUAUGCCAGGUUCGCAAAGCAUGCCAUUUGGAGAGCUUCUUGACCCGGAAACGAAAACGUUACGUCCACCGGCGGAAUUACGGCAGGUAUUCGAGUCAAAGGGGGUUGACCCAAACCGACCAGUGAUCAGUACCUGUGGAUCCGGAGUCACAGCUGCCGUCAUUGAUCUGGCGCUGGAGCAGGCAAACUACGUACCCAAGGAGAAUAGGCGGUUGUAUGACGGGAGCUGGACUGAAUGGGCGUCGCGAGUAACAGAAGCCAGCGGAUUAAUUCGAAAAGCAUAA